AUGGAUACACGUCGAUUCCCAACAGAGAUCCUUGUCCUGAUAUUUUCCUACACCAUCUCGAAUCGUUAUGUGGGCCUUUACCCUCACGAGUCACCAGUGCUCUUGACAAGGGUCUGUCGCCACUGGCGCAAUGUUGCUCUCUCGACGCCACUGUUAUGGUCGGCCCUUGAGAUUCGCGACCUCCCGCCGCUGGAGCUGUGUGAUUCAUUCUCCUAUUCUCUGGCAACUUGGCUCUCCCUUUCCGAUCCUGUUCCCCUGUCCUUUCGCUUCCGAGCCUACAGAAAGCACGAGGCCGUACUCCCCCAUUAUCUCAAUUGCCUCUUCGAGCACGCAUCGCGUUGGAAGGAGGUGUUUCUAGAUGUGCCAAACUACGACUUCUUCUCCACAGCACCAGCUCCCCAAUUCUGUGCGCUCGAAUCGUUGACCGUCCGAGGAUUUCAGGCCGAUGAUCCUGUCAAUCACACGCUUCGGUAUCGACUAGGAGGACAUCCAGGCCCAAAGCCGGGAAUUCCCUCCGGCAUGUUCAUCGUGAGCUGGAUGGCAGGGUGCAGUCAAUCGCUGCGGACGCUUAUCCUUGACACGUCGACGGUGAAUAUCUCCGAUGCCGAUCUGGCGUAUGCGCUUAGCGGACUCAGGAAUCUGAGGUCUCUUACACUUGCUGGCUAUAAAUACAGCGAAGUCCUGCUGAAUGCUCUCACCCUCACGUUCUCGCCCAGUGGCCAGCUCGAGACAGGUCAAAAUGCCAUGUUGGAGGAUAUGGCCUUGUACAUCUACUUCUCCGCAGAAGUCCCAUCCCUCUUCGUGGCCCUCGCCAACAUGGUCAAAUCUCGAUGGCAUAUACCUCAGAAUGCCAUGGACCGCGCCGCCACAGCGCGCUUGAAGACGUUCGGCUUGGAUGGCCGCACUUGGGGCGGCAUGGCUGCGGUGGCGCCACGUGAGACGAGCGUGAUGAACAAAUGUCGCGCCGAAGGGCUUCACCUGAAGGAUAAUGGAGUGUGGCAGUUACUGCUCCAGGUGUGA